CGUCUUUAAAAACAAUAUAAAUGCUAAGCAAUGCUUUGAUUGUGUAGAUUUUUUUAUGUUCACUGUAACAUAACUUUUUCUGAUCUUUAUUUUUUCACCUGUAAAGGUUUUUCUUUCUAUUAUUCUAUCACUUUUUGUUUUAGAAAUGCAGAGACUUCAAGUUAAUAUCAGUUCAAGUGGAAACCUGACAACAGAACCAGUUGUGAAGAUGAUAGUACUGCAGGUGCUGGUUGGGAUUUUUCUUUAUGUGAACUGUCUGAUGAUAUUCACCUUUCUGAAAAAGGAGGUGUUCAGGGGAGACACUCGCUACAUAUUAUUUGCACAGACGUUAUUUGUUGAUUCUGCAGUCUUGUUUUUAACUGAUGUGAUGUUGCUUAUGACUGCUUUCCAGGUUCGGAUUCAUAUGAUUUCUUGUAUAAUCGUGUCUGUAGUUGUGGCUGUUCUGAAGAGUUGUACUCCUAUGACUCUUGUGGCGAUGUGUUUGGAGCGCUAUGUUGCUAUAUGCAUGCCUUUAAGACAUGCAGACAUCUCUUCCAGCAGCAGGAUCAGAUUCUUUGGAUUUCUUAUCAUUUGGACUAUCAGCUCUAUUACUGCACUGUUCACUUUUGUAACAUAUAUCUCUGUGGCCCCCCCAAGUUCACUGUCCUUAAAUGUUGUUUGUUCUAUAGAGCUAAUGUUAGAUCAGGAGUGGCAGGCUCAAGCACGUGCUAUUAUGCUGCUGACAUUUUUUCUGAUGAUGAUUUCUGUCAUAAUCUUUACCUAUAUCAAGAUAAUGAUUGCAGCCAGAGCUGCUUCGUCUGAGAAAAAGAAAUCAACCAGCAAGUGUCUCAGAACUGUGCUCCUCCAUGGCUUUCAGAUGUUUUUGUGUAUAGUUCAGUUUAUAACUCCUUAUAUAGAAAUGCCAUUGUGGAAGUUAGAUAUCAUAGUAUUUAUUAAUGUAAGAUACUCUAAUUUUAUCAUGUUUAUUAUUGUGCCACGAUGUCUCAGUCCACUGAUUUAUGGUCUUAGGGAUGAAACGUUUUUUGCUGUCUUAAGACAUUAUGCUGUUUGUGGUUUGACAGGCUUUUCACAAAUUCAGCCAGCCAACAAAAAAUAAGUCCUAGCUGUAUCAUAGUUUUUUUUAAUGUGCUUUUUCAUCCAGUGUCUUUAAUUGUAAUAAAAAGCAAUAUUGUACUUUAAAGCAACUAAAACCCUGGUUAUACAUAUCAGAUCAUGU